AUGCAGUUCGUUUAUUUUCUAGACUUCCUAAAAGGCCAACUUCUAACACUGACAAGCUCUAUUGGAGAUACAGAGUCCACUCUUCUUAAUCAGGUGGAGGAGCAUUGGCAACUGAUCGAACUGUGCCACGAUGUCAACGAGCUACUUCCUAAAAGGCCAGUUUCUAACAUUGACAAGCUCUAUUGGAGACACAGAGUCCACUCUUUUGAAUCAGGUGGAGGAGCAUUGGCAACUGGUCGAACUGUGCCACGAUGUCAACGAGCUGUAUUCCAAACAAUUGUUGUUUGGGAUGUUCAGGUUGUUCUUGAUCCUGACGGUGGACUCUUUUUACGUAAUUUAUAA